UUUACGGCGACAAUGAUCGUGGAGGAACCUGGUUCUAAACCAACCGUCCGACCUCCGUACCGCCUCAGUCCACCUGAGCUAGCGGAUAUGAAGAAGCAGAUUGAAUACGUGCUGGAGAAGAAGCUGAUCCAACUGUCAACAUCACCUUACGGAGCACCUGUACUCUUCACACCAAAACCUGAUGGAUCAUUGCGGAUGUGCAUCGACUAUAAAGCGCUCAACAAGCUGACCAUCAAGAACAGAUAUCAUAUUCCAAGGAUAGACGACCUGCUGGACCAGCUUCGAGGGGCCACAAUUUUUUAUAAACAGGACCUUCGUUCAGGAUAUUGGCAAAUUCGGAUGGCGGAUAAUUCUAUCCACAAAACUGCCUUUCGGACGCGCUAUGGCUCCUAAACCCUAAACCUACGAAAACUA